AUGGAGGAACUGGCUCUAGAAGUACCAGCUGUGGAGGGACCAGCUUUGAGGGCACCAGCCGUGGAGGGACCGGCUCUGGAGACACCAGCCAUGAAGGGACCGGCUCUGGAGACACCAGCCAUGAAGGGACCGGCUCUGGAGACACCAGCCAUGAAGGGACCGGCUCUGGAGACACCAGCCAUGAAGGGACCGGCUCUGGAGACACCAGCCAUGAAGGGACCGGCUCUGGAGACACCAGCCAUGAAGGGACCGGCUCUGGAGACACCAGCCAUGAAGGGACCGGCUCUGGAGACACCAGCCAUGAAGGGACCGGCUCUGGAGACACCAGCCAUGAAGGGACCGGCUCUGGAGACACCAGCCAUGAAGGGACCGGCUCUGGAGACACCAGCCAUGAAGGGACCGGCUCUGGAGACACCAGCCAUGAAGGGACCGGCUCUGGAGACACCAGCCAUGAAGGGACCGGCUCUGGAGACACCAGCCAUGAAGGGACCGGCUCUGGAGACACCAGCCAUGAAGGGACCGGCUCUGGAGACACCAGCCAUGAAGGGACCGGCUCUGGAGACACCAGCCAUGAAGGGACCGGCUCUGGAGACACCAGCCAUGAAGGGACCGGCUCUGGAGACACCAGCCAUGAAGGGACCGGCUCUGGAGACACCAGCCAUGAAGGGACCGGCUCUGGAGACACCAGCCAUGAAGGGACCGGCUCUGGAGACACCAGCCAUGAAGGGACCGGCUCUGGAGACACCAGCCAUGAAGGGACCGGCUCUGGAGGGACCAGCCAUGGAAUAA